UAACAAACAAUUCAUCACAAUGGCGACUGCUAUGCCCAUAAACCCGAAACCCUUCCUCAAUGGACUCACCGGUAAGCCCGUAAUUAUAAAGCUAAAGUGGGGCCACGAGUACAAAGGAUUCCUGGUGUCGGUCGAUGGUUACAUGAACAUGCAGCUAGCAAACACGGAAGAGUUUGUGGACGGACAGAACACGGGACACCUUGGCGAAGUGCUUAUCCGGUGUAACAACGUUCUGUACAUACGGGGCAUAGACGAUGAGGACGAGGAAGGCGAAAUGCGAGACUAACGGUAGUGUUUAGAAUAAACGGUUUUCCAUUUGUAUUUCGAUGUACAAAAA